AUGUUUUGCUUGAAAUGGCUCAACACUCCAUUUAUCGACAAAACUGAGAAAUUUCCGGUUAACGAACAACCAGAAGGACCAAUAAUGGCCAUGCCGGAUCUGGUGAUGAGAAAGAUUAUGGAAAAUGUUGAUUUUAUCACGAUGCUGAAACUUCGAAAAGUGUGUCACGCAUUCCGAGACUUUAUUGAUGUCAUAAAACUGGAUAAUGAGUUGACAAAAGUAAAUAUCUAUGUGACACCGUCGACAAUAAUUGUGCUUAUCCAUUUUGCUUCAGCAUCUAGAAAAUCUGUAAACUUGUAUUACAUUCGAUAUGGGAAGAACUGUUUGUUAAAAGUCAUAGAAGGAGAAAUGAAAGAAGCAAAACUCAUAAAAAACCAAGAUCUUGUAGAUGCAUUUUUCAACGAUUUUGGUUUUAUUCUAAGAAACAAAACAAAACCGUUUAAAUACAUGAAUAUCGAGGAAUCGUCAUAUAAUUGCUAUCCACCAACUUACUACGACCGAGAUCUUCUGAACAGUGUUAAAACUACGUAUUCAAUUUAUGGAUGCUGCACUUCUGCACGUCCAUUGAGAGGUUCCAUCGAACCUGUAACACAUCUAAAACAAAUAAACGAAAUGUAUACGUUGCAACCAACUGCCGAUAAAUUUCAUGAUCGAUUUGAUUGCAUUUUGGAAUCAAGAGAAUCUCUCAUUCCUAUACAAAUUCUGGAUGUUACAGUUUUGCGACCAAGUCAUUUUUUGAAUAUGGCUCGACUCAUUGAUAUGAAACAGUUGAGAUGUAUUGCGAUAAGGAAGACGUAUGGUGAUAGCGAUGAAGAAAAUGGAAAACACCUGGUUUUGAAUGAAAUCGUUGAGUUGAAUGGGUUCAAAUAUAUUCAAGAAUUGAUUAUUAGUGGUUUCAAAGCAACAGUGUCUCUUGAGAAACUUCUUCAUAUACCACAUCUGAAAGUUACCAUUUCAACAAUCACUAUUAAAGAUGUUCUGCUGAACAUGCUCACUUCUCCAACUGCUAAAUCUCGAAGGGUUUACUGUGAUCAUAUAGAAGACGCAGAUACAUUACACAACACCCUUGGGUAUGCGAAUCCUGACUAUCAUAACAUAUACUGGUACUUUAAACUUCCGGAAUCAGAUCAAACGCUCCAAAUGAGCAAGAAAAAUCAUGAUUAUGGCAAUUGUUUUUCAUUUAAAUGGAUCAAAAGUUCAUGCAUUCCUAAAAAUGCGGUGGUUCAUUGA